AUGCAGCUCACUCUCAAACGUCGGGAUAUGGAGCUUCCUCUCAGUCUUGGAGACUUCGGGAUCGCUCUCUCUUCAUCAAUCGAAAAGCGCCAAACCGACUAUGUAAAUUGGAAGACCUUCAAAGCCACUGGAAUCAAUCUUGGCGGAUGGCUUGCCCAAGAAGCAGUCAUUGACCCUGCAUUCUGGGCCGCGAACUGCGGCGACACAACUGACGAAUGGACUUGUUGUGCCCGACUUGGGUCUCAGUGUGGACCCGUUCUUGAGCGUCGCUAUGCAACUUUUAUUCAGCCAGCAGACAUCGACAGUCUGGCUGCCAAUGGAAUCACGCUUCUGAGGAUACCUACCACGUAUGCAGCGUGGGUCAAGGUCCCUGGAAGCCAGUUCUAUUCGGGCAACCAGCUUUCUUUCUUGAAAUCCAUUUCGACAUACGCUAUCACCAAACACAAGAUGCAUGUUAUUGUUGACAUUCAUUCUCUCCCAGGAGGCGUGAAUGGCAUGGGAUUUGGGGAAGGGGAAGGCCGGUUUGGAUGGUUCAAUAAUCAAACCAAUCUGGACUAUUCCCUCAAAGCAGUGGACGCAGCGAUUGCGUUUAUCCAAAACUCUGGAAGCCCUCAGUCUUACACUCUGGAGCCCAUCAAUGAGCCAGUCGACAACCCUGAUUUCUCAACCUUUGGCACACCGGCAGCUCUGACUGAGAGUGGGGCAGCAUGGACCCUGAAAUAUAUCAAUGGAGUUCUCGCCAAAGUCCAAGCUGUCCAAGCUAAGAUACCGGUUAUGUUCCAGGGUAGUUUCAAGGGCGAAGCAUACUGGUCGCCUAAGUUCCCCGCUAGUACGAACCUAGUCUUUGAUGUCCACAACUACUACUUUGCUGGACGUCCAGCUGACUCCAACACUGUCACUAAAGACAUCUGCUCUGACGCAAAAGCUUCCGCUGGAGACGGUAAGUUCCCUGUGUUUGUUGGGGAAUGGUCCAUCCAGACUGCAGCAAACAACCUAUUUGUCAAUCGUGCAAGGAAUCUCAACACAGGACUAUAUGCUUUUGGAAAAUUUACGCAGGGUAGUGCCUAUUGGACGGCAAAGUUCUUUGGUAAUGUCGCGGUAGAUGGACAGGGCGUCCAGGGAGACUACUGGGAUUAUGCUACCUUUAUUAAGCUUGGGAUAAUCAACCCUGCCGCAGGACAACAAUACUGCAACUAA